AUGGCGGAAAACAUCUACACAAAGGGCACCCGGGCCUACUUUGAGGACAAGGAGCUUGCAUGGGUGUCGGCUGAGGUUUCGUCAGUGAGCAGAACUGGUGAUGCGCUCAAGCUCGUUUUUGUCGAUGAGCGAGGCAAAGAAAUUGUAGUCAACACUACUGUGCAAGAUAUUCGCGACGGCAAAGAUGGCCUCCCCCCAUUGCGCAACCCUCCACUACUCGAGACCGCCGAUGAUCUCGCGACUCUUUCCCAUCUAAACGAGCCAUCCGUCCUCCACACCAUCCGCAACCGAUAUGCCCAGCAUAGCAUUUACACGUACAGCGGAAUUGUGCUCAUUGCGGUCAACCCCUUCCAGCGCGUGACUAUGUAUGGCCCCGACAUUAUCCAGGCGUAUAGUGGACGGAGGAGAGGGGAGCUGGAGCCCCAUCUUUUCGCUAUUGCGGAAGACGCUUAUACCGCUAUGAGGCGGGACGGCGAGGGCCAGACCAUCAUCGUUUCCGGAGAGAGUGGAGCGGGAAAGACAGAGUCUGCCAAAUUCAUCAUGCGAUACCUCGCCUCAGUCAAUCCCCCGGACUCUAAUGCCAAGGCCAAAGCCAAGUUCUCUUUGGACGACUCGAGCGAAAUCGAGCGACAAAUUCUCGCGACCAACCCUAUCCUCGAGGCCUUUGGUAACGCGAAGACCACGAGGAAUGACAAUUCUUCUCGGUUCGGAAAGUACAUCCAGAUUUUGUUUGAUGGAAAGCAAGAAAUUGUCGGUGCACGGAUACGAACCUACCUUUUGGAGCGUUCAAGAAUCGUCUUCCAACCGUUGACGGAGCGAAAUUACCACAUAUUCUAUCAACUGUGUGCUGGUGCCCCGUUGAAGGAACGUAAAGAUCUUGGUCUCGAUCCUGAUAUCAACAAAUUCUUCUACUUGAAGCAAGGAGGACCUAGCUCUACGCCUAUCAACGGCGUGGACGAUUCCGAGGAGUUCAGAGCAACACAACAGGCGCUGUCUACCGUCGGGAUCAGUGUUGAGAAGCAAUGGGCCGUCUUCCGUUUGCUUGCGGGUAUGCUUCACCUGGGUAACGUGAAAAUCACACAAACACGGACGGACGCAAUUAUCGACGACGACGAUGCCGCACUUUUACUCGCUACGCGUUUCCUUGGUGUCAAUGUGGCAGAGUUCAAGAAGUGGACUGUCAAGAAACAGAUUACGACGCGUUCAGAGAAGAUCGUAACGGCCCUCAACGCAGGCCAGGCGACAGUGGUCAGGGACAGUGUGGCCAAGUUUGUGUAUGCCUGCAUGUUCGAAUGGCUGGUGGCCAUUGUGAAUGAGAGUUUAGCUGGAGAGAACGGUGAUGCGGCGACCAGGGCAGAGAUGUUCAUUGGCGUGCUUGAUAUUUAUGGCUUUGAGCACUUCCAGAAGAACUCGUUCGAACAGUUUAGCAUCAACUACGCCAACGAAAAGCUUCAGCAAGAAUUCAAUUCCCACGUCUUCAAACUCGAGCAGGAGGAAUACGUCAAGGAGGAGAUCAACUGGACCUUCAUUGACUUCUCUGACAACCAGCCGUGUAUUGAUGUCAUUGAGGGCAAAUUGGGUGUCCUGGCUCUACUUGACGAAGAGUCUCGUCUGCCUUCUGGUAGCGAUGGCUCGUUCCUACAAAAGCUCAACACCCAAUUAUUGAAGCCCGAGUUCAAGGACGUUUACAAGAAGCCCAGGUUCGGUAACUCUGCUUUUACCAUCGCCCAUUAUGCUCUCGACGUCACCUACGAAGUCGAAGGCUUCUUGGAGAAGAACAGAGAUACUGUGCCAGAUGAACACAUGGCUCUAUUGGCAAGCACCAAAAACCCGUUCCUUAAGGAAGUUCUCGAUGCUGCACUUCUUACCACCAAGUCACCUGACAGUCCCAAUCCUGGCUCUUCAGAGUCUGGAAGUGCAGGAGCUGGCUCUCGACGCUCGUCUGUCAUUCCAGAUCCUGGUCGACAGUCGUUUGUCGGUAAUGCAGCGACACCGACAUCAGCUACUGGGGCUAAACGGCCUGGCGCUGUGAAGAAACCCACUCAGGGAUCCAUCUUCAAAGCGUCCCUAAUCACACUCAUGGAUACUCUCAGCGUCACUAAUGUGCACUACAUCCGUUGCAUUAAACCAAAUGAGAAGAAACGGCCUUGGGAGUUCCAACCUCAACAAGUCCUGGGCCAGCUUCGUGCUUGUGGUGUUCUCGAGACAAUUCGAAUCAGCUGUGCCGGCUACCCUACUCGUUGGACAUACGAGGAGUUUGCUGAACGCUAUUAUAUGUUGGUUCCCUCGACUGACUGGCAGCCGCUCAUCAAGUCUAUGGAUCUUCGAAAACUUUGCACGAUCAUCCUCGAAAAGUCCAUUACUGACAAAGACAAGUAUCAGAAUGGGCUGACCAAGAUCUUUUUCCGGGCGGGAAUGUUGGCUUCUCUGGAAGCCUUCCGUUCCGAUCGACUCAACGCUAUGGUUACCGUUGUACAGAAGAACAUGCGUCGGCGUAUGGCAGUCAAGAAGUACCAGCAGCUUCGGAAAGCCACCAUUCAGAUCCAAACAUGGUGGAGAGGGAUUAUGGCCAAGCGCCUUGUUCAGCACAUCAGGCGGGAGGUCUCGGCCAAACGCUUGCAGACUGCCGUUCGUCGCUUCGUUCAGCGCAAAAAGUUUUUGGAUAUCAGCCAUUCCAUCCGACGCUUCCAAAGCCGUGUGCGCGGUAUCCAGGCUCGUGCACAGUUUGUUCAAGAUCGCAAAACGCAAGGCGCCGUCCUCUUGCAGAGUCUUUUCAGAGGCCUGUUAUGCCGCCGCCAUCAUCGUGCCGAUGUUCGUCACGUGGUAUAUCUGCAGUCUUGUAUCCGCCGGCGUUACGCCCGCAAGAAACUACGCGAAUUACGUGCCGAGGCGCGCUCGGUCAACACAUACAAAGAGGCAUCCUACAGGCUUGAGAAUAAGGUCGUCGAGCUUACGCAAACUCUUCAAGCUCGGACAGAAGAGCGGAAACAACUUCAAGUCCGGGUGUCAGAGCUCGAGCAACAGCUCCAGCAAUGGAUCAAUCGUCACGAAGAGCUGGAUGCACGGACCAAACAAUCUCAGGCAUCUCUUCGUACAGCAGAAGCGGAACUGUCUCGUCGCGAUGAAUUAUUGCAAACCAAAGCGGAGGUAGAAAAGCGUCUGGAAGAGGCGCUUUCGAAGGCGAUCGAGAAGGAGGAGAUCAUUCAGAAGCUUACGGACGAUGUUUCCCGACAAGCUGCUCAAUUGGAGCAGCAGCAGAAGGCUAUUGACACUGCUCCUUCUCGCAACCAUGAAGAUAGUUCAGUGAUUAUGACUCUCAAGAACGAAGUCAGCAGUCUGCGGGAGCAACUUAACCGCUCGAAUGCUCUUAAUGCUCUGACUCGUGGUUCUCGUGCCGACCCACCACUGUCCCCCACUUUUGCGCCAGCUUUGCGCGCGUUGGAGCAGCAGCAGCAGCAACAGCAACAACAAAACGGUACUGUUCCCAUUGGUCAGGGAGCCGCUGGUCAAAGGCACCAGCGACGACACAGCUCAGCAGGUGUCUUCAACAUCGCACCAUCAGAUCAUCGGACAUCGACAGACGAAAUUAUGUUCAGCGUCAAGAAGACCCAAGCACUCAACCCGCGGGCGGUGUCGGUUGCCUACAACGGCGAAGACAACUACCUUCGCAUGCGCUCAAAUGGCUUGCCCGACAUUCGCGACUUCGAUGACCCUGCCGAAGAGAAAAUCCGACUCAUGCAGGACGUUAAACGGCUUGAUGAGGAUAUCUUGGAUGGUCUUGUCCGCGGCCUGAAGAUCCCCGCCCCCAGCCUCACCAACCCGUCCGCCGUCAAGGAGAUCCUCUUCCCCGCAAACCUCAUCAGUCUCGUCACAAACGAAAUGUGGAAAUAUGGGCUCAUACCGGAGAGCGAGCGGUUCUUGGCAAACGUCAUGCAGACAAUCCAAGGGCAUGUUAUGUCUUUCACGGGUGAAGAGGCCAUCGUCCCCGGCAUAUUCUGGCUUUCCAACGUUCACGAGAUGCUGUCAUUUAUCUGCGUCGCCGAGAGCGAUAUGCUGCAAGGCAUUGGUCCAGGUGAAGAAAACGCUGUCCGCUCGUUUGACUGGAAUGACUACGAGCGACUUGUCUCUGUGGUCAAGCACGACCUGGACAGUUUAGAGUACAACAUCUACCACACCUGGAUGCUGGAGACGAAGAAGAAGCUGUCCAAGAUGGUCAUUCCGGCGCUUAUUGAAAGCCAGUCACUUCCUGGGUUUACGACGAGCGAUGGCGGCGGGCGGUUGUUCAACCGACUGCUGAAUGCCAACAGCACACCUGCUUACUCGAUGGACGACAUCCUCAAUUUGCUGAACAAGGUGUGGAAGAGCUUGAAGAGCUACUACAUGGAGGAAUCGGUUGUGCAGCAGGUCGUCACGGAGCUGCUCAAGCUUAUUGGAGUCACGAGUUUCAACGAUCUUCUCAUGCGACGCAACUUCUCUUCGUGGAAACGAGGCAAGAACGCAAUGCAAAUACAAUACAACAUUACUCGUAUUGAGGAGUGGUGCAAAUCACACGACAUGCCUGAGGGUACAUUGCAAUUGGAGCACUUGAUGCAGGCCACCAAGCUCCUCCAACUGAAGAAGGCGACUGCGGCUGACAUCGAAAUAAUUUACGACGUCUGCUGGAUGUUGAGUCCGAUGCAGAUCCAACGAAUGUGCACGAACUACUAUGUCGCUGACUAUGAGAACCCGAUAUCGCCUGAAAUCCUGAAGGUAGUAGCCUCGCGGGUACAGGCUAAUGACCGAAACGACCAUCUGCUGCUUCCACUUGAGACAGAGGAAGUUGGCCCUUACGAACUGCCACUGCCGCGAGAGGUGUCUGGCCUGGAGACUUACGUGCCAGCGUAUCUGAAUGUGUCACACCUGCGGCGGCUUGCUGCCCUCGUUUCUUAUACGUAG